GGUGCGGGUGCGCCUCGCAAUGCGGACGACAUGUUGAAGCGGCUGCAGACGGGGCUAAAACCCAUUGAGGCGUAUGCGGUCCGGCUGCUGGAGGAGAUGAACCCGGUGGACAUCGAGGCGGCCGCGGGCGAGGCCAUAGAGGGGCUGAAGGACGAGGACUGGGAGCUGGACGCCAUGCAGCGCCGGCAGGCGGAGGCGGACGAGGAGGCGGAGGCCAGCGACGAGGAGAAACUGGUAGAGGAUUGGGACCGCGAGGCGGCUGGCGAGGCCUACCAGGAGUACGCCGUGCUGGUGGAGGAACACCUCAAGGAAGCUGAGGCGGCCGAGGCGGCAGCGCAGGCUGCGUACGAGGCGGAGAUGGCUCGCCGUGCUGCGUUGGCGGCUGAGAACGGCGGCGUGUUGCUGGCUGGUGAGGGCGGCAUGGCGGCGGGAGGGGCGGUGCUGGCGCUGGAGGGACCGCCGCCGCCGCAAUCGGCUGCAAAACCUGGGCCGAAAAAGCGAGGUCGGCCACCCAAGAACCAACAACUGCAGCAACAGCAACAGCAGCAACAACAGGAGGCGACGCCAGCACCCGCCUCCGCUGCUGCCGCCGCCUCUGCCGGGUUCGGAUACACCAGCGGCGGCCUGCGCCGCCGCCGUGCCUCCGUACCCGUCGGCGGAUACGCUGAAGACUCCGACGAGGACUUUCUCGACGAGGAUGACGAAGCCCCGUCCGCAGCUGCGGCCGCAGCGGCAGCAAAGCGAGCCAAGGCCACUCCCAUGCCCAUGUCGGCCUUCCCAGCCGCUGCUGGCGCUGCGACGCCGGCGGCGGCAACGCCGCCGCCGCCACCGCGUGCCAGCGGCCCGCCAGCGCCCAACAAGCCUCACCCUGUGUUGUGGAACACCUGUUGGGACCCCGCGCUGUGCAGUGCGGUUGCAACCGUGUUGGAUCGCUCGCACCAGCCGCCAGCCGCCACACCGCUCAGCCUCGUGCCCUGGUCUGCGGUGUGCGAGGGCGUCAUGGCGGCAGUACGUGCGGGCCUGGGCAGUGUGGUCACGCUGUCAGCGGCGACGGUUGCUGUGACGCCGGAGGGCUGUCGGAACAGAUUCGCGCAGCUGCUCGCCGCGUUCCGACCGCACCUCACGGCGACGGCGGUGAUUACUUCCGGAAAUGCCGCUGCCGCUGCUGCUGGUGCUGGUGCCGUCAUGAGUAAUGGCGGCGGUCCCGCUGCUGCCUCCUCCGCCUUGCUAGGGGAGCUGCGAGAGCAGCUGUCACGGGCGGUGGACGGGCUGAGCCGCGAUGCGCUGCAGCUGAUGAGCAGCUCCGUGAAUGCGGUGUUGAGGCCGGAGCAUGGGCUGUUUGGGCAGGGCUGUGCCAACGGCAUGGUGACAUCGCUGCAGCAACUCUUGCGCAGCCGGGGCACCCUCCGUGCCGCCCCGCAGCUGCCCGACCUGCCCGUCCUCCCAGCGGAUGCAGACGCGCUGUUCUCCGCUGUCAGCCACUACCUCACCGCGCACCCUCCGAUGCCUGAAUUUCCGCCGGCCUCUGAGCCCCGGGCCCCCGCCCACCACCACCACCAACACCAUCAUCAGGGCUCUGCAGGCGGUACGACAGCCGCGGCAUCAGCAGCCGCUAACAAGGCCACUGAAGGGAGCCGCAGGGCGUCCCCGGCAGUGGGCGCCCUACCUGCCUCUACUACCGCUGCUCCUGCUCCUGCUCCCGCUGGCACUCCAGCUUCGGCGACUGGUGCCGCUGCGGUUAUGGCUCCCGGUCCGCUUCCGCCGCCGCAGUCGCAGUCACAGGUUGUGUCGGGAGGCAUGGCGACGUCUGUGAUGGCUCCCUUCCGUGCAACAACAGCAGUGGCAGGACCAGGGGCUCUACUACCGCAGCAGGCGCCUCAGCUUCCGCAACCCCAGCAGCAGCAGCUGCUGCUGCAUCAGCAGCAGCCCCAGCAGCAGCAGCAGUACUCGCAACAGCACCCCGCGCAGAAUUAUCAUUACCAGCUGCAGCAGCAGCAGCAGCAGCAACCGCCACAGCAGCAACAGCAGCCGACGGCGUACCAACAACAACACCAGCAGCGGCUGCAGUCACUUCUGCCGGCGCCGGAGCAACAGCAACAACAACAACAGCAGCCGCAGCAGCAGCAGCAGCGGGCAGUGUCACCGACGCUACAGCUGAACUCCAUUCAGCAAACGACGCAGCACGCGCCGCAGGGCUCGCUGCCGCUACAGCAGCACCAGCAGCAACAGCAGCUCCAGCAGUACCAUCUGCAGCAACAACAACAGCAACAACAACAGCAACAAAGCUCCCUACAUGAGCCAUCUCCGCCGCCUCAGCAGCAGCAGCAGCAAUACCAGCAGCAGCAGCCCACAUCACUGCAACAACAGCAACAGCAGCAGCAGAUGGCUCAACACUACCUGUCCCAACAGCACCACACGCAACAACAACAACAACAACAGCAACAGCCUCCUUCGCUUCCCUCCCAGCAGCAUUUCCCAUCACAGCAGGCCGCUCACCCUCCCCUUCAGCAGCAGCAACAGCAAAUGCAGCCGCACUACCAACAACAGCAGCCGCAAUACCAGCCGCAACAAGAACAGGCGGUGCGCCCCUCGCCGCCCCCUCUUGCUCCCGCCGCUACCGACCUCGCAACUAUCCAAGCACAGCUAGCCGCGGCUCAUGCUCAGCUGCUGGCAGCCCAGGCGCAGAUACAGUUGCAGGGCUUGCAAGGGCUGGGACUCAACCUGCAGAGCCUGACACAACAGCAGCAACCACAGCAGCCGCAGCAGCCGAGCCUUGCAGGUGGCAUCAACCCCGGCCUCUUAGCCUCCCUGGCGCAGCUAGCAGGCGGGUUGGGGGCGGCAGGAGCGGGUGCUGCCGGCGGUGGGGGUUUGGGCUCUGCGCCCGCUGCUGCUACAGCUGCUUCGGGGCAGGCGGUGGGAGCGGGCAUGGCACCUGGUGUGUACGGAGGAGGAGGAGGAGCUGGUUUAUACGGCAAUACCGUGCAACAGCAGCAGCAGCAGCAGCAACCCACGCAGGCGACUUCAACUUCCCAGCAGCAGCAGCAGUUGCUGUACGCUCUAAUGCUGCAGCAGCAACAGCAGCAGCAACAGCAGGCGCGGCACCAGCAGUUUCACCCACCGCAGUAGCCGCGAGGUCCUCGAGUGGCGUCCUCGAGGUGGGUCGCAAAGCGCCCCAUGAUGCUCUCGGCCUGAGUGGAUACCUAGACACGGCGCAUGGCAGCAGCAAGGGAGCUGCUAGCUGCUAGUUGCAGCCCGCGUCGCAGUUCGCUGCGAUCGAUUCAAGUCGCCCCGGCGAUCGCCCCGGCUGGCUACGGUCCCUUCGGACGAGGCCAAGAACGUGCUCGACGGCCUACAUGCAGGGUCAGGGCCUCUGCUUCGGGGUUAAGGAGUGGGUCAUCGGAUGGCGGUGGUUUUGACGGACUGUUAAAACGGCCCAUCAUGGCGGGAAGAUGGAGGGGAGCCGUGGGGGUGGCGAGACUGAGCGGCUGAGGUGUUGCGGGUGAAGUGCGCAACGCACGUCUCGUGAGGAGAGAGAGUGUCGGGGUUGCAGUGGAGUGUAUGCUGGGCAGGCAGUGAGAAAGUGAGUGGAAUGGGAGGGUCCUGGAGUGCACUGAUUGGUGGUCAUGACGUCCUCGCGGGAGGUUGUGCUGUGCCGGGACGGGAUCUCCGUGACGACGUGGGGGCGGGGGAAAGGAGUUAGGGGUCAGGAACGCUCACGCCUGGUGUUGUGUUUCGUUUCCGGUAUUUAGUUCCGCUUUGGUUAAAAAACGGAUGUGUACCUUCGGGCCUUGUGUCGUGCUGGUGUUUAAGGCUUUCUCGCCUUUAGGGCUUUGGUCACGAUGCAGCGGUUGUUUGCUUCCCGGUGUUGUUGCGGUGUGGUGGAGAGCCUCUCGGGCCCUCAUCAGUCAGUCAGCGUGGUACCGGUAGCCGAUGUGUGGCUGGUCCUGAAGCCAGGUAUGGUAGAGCAGCCGGUGUGUGCAGCCGAGCGAGUUGGUAGGGCUUAGUUAGGGGAGGCGGAGGUUUGUUGAGCAUGGCAAAAGGGGCGUCUGUGCACGCACGACACAGAUGUAAGCAACUUGCGUGUUCAGUUACAUUUCGCUUAUCAUCGCGAGCGUGGAAUUUUUCUUGCGAGGAAAGGGGAAAGUGCUUUGACCACCGUAUCACCUCCAGCAAUUGCGGCGCACUUUGCAAUUGUGCACCCGACGCCAUAUCCUAACCCCAGUUCACCGCAGACGAGCAGUCAAACAACAUAUCCCCCCGUGUGCACCCCCUGGUGUGCUGUACUGUUACUGCACCCGGCACCACCAAACGGCAUACAUGAAUUGAGAGCAGAGGACCACUCAUACCAUAAUUAUGUCUAGCACUUUCACAGCGCUGCUCGUCAGGCCCAGAACUUGGAGCUGCCAAGCAAUCCAUCUUCGCGCGCGCGUUGGCAAAUCGAGCCGGGUCGUUU